AUGGAUAGAGACAUUUUGGCAAAGAUUUUCGAGAAGCUCACCGUAAUAGAUGUUACCAUGGGAGCAUCACGCGUCUGCAUCUCUUGGUUCCUUGUCUCUCACCAAAAAUCUUUAUGGAAAACCAUCGACCUUGCCUAUCUCCAACUUGUCGACUUUAACCAUCCUCGACUGAAAAACUCUCAGCUCGAUGUAAAGAUCAUAGAAGGUAUAUUAUACAAUCCUCGGGAUAUUUUGACUGAAAUAACCAAAUUAAGCAGUACCGUCCCGACAAGUUUGUUCUUUAACUUCUGUUUUUGCGUCGAAGAUGAAGAUCUCAUCAUCGCUGCUGAAAGGAUGCCAAAUAUCGAAACCUUUGCUUUGCCAAAAUGGGGAAAAUUAAGUGAGGAUUCGUAUCGAUUCGUAUUCAGUCAAUGGAAGAACCUUCACACGUUAAUCAUCUCUCUAGAGUUUUACUUAAACAAGAGAAUCAAGUUUCAACUAAUUGGAGAAAACUGUAUCAAUCUCACCAACUUGAAACUUUCGGGUUACGUCGACGAACAUGUAGCUAUGAAACUAGUGCUUUACCUCCCUAAGCUGAAGAGGCUGAGUAUGCGAUGUUCUACUAUCGAAAAUAUUAAAAUCAUUUCCUUCCACAUCACAUCAGGCCUCCAAAACCUAGCGAUCCUUAAUCUCUCACAUUGCUGUUUCAUAGACAGUGUUACCGAUCCAAUCUUCUUCGGCAGGGUACUUGAGGACAGUCUUAUAAAAACUUUCACUCAGAAGAUUGACACAUUUAUCAUGUGUUCUAAAGUCAGUUGCUUGGUAUGCAAAGAUCAAUGUGGACCAGGUCUCACGAAGAUUGCUUUUUACAAGAAGCAUUGGCGAAAUGAUGAGAUCAAGGAACUUGAAUUCUGA